AAAAGAAAAAUCAAGUGCGUAAAGGAACCCUUAUCCCUCCCUCCCUCGCGGCGGCCCUGCGAGAGCUCUCUCGGUUCUACUCUCCGAUCUCUUUUACCGUUGAGUUUUAAUCGCCAGCGUGCAGUCGCAACCGGCGGUUCUACUAGUCCACCUUAUCGAUAGCGGUUCAGGAAUUAAGGAAAUAGACUGCAAAUUAAAGGCGCUGAAUAGCUACACGAGGUUGUGUGAAGUAUUCGAUGGCACACCGAUUGUUAAGAGAUCAUGAGGCGGAUGGCUGGGAACGCUCUGAUUUUCCUAUCAUUUGCGAGUCAUGCCUUGGUGACAAUCCAUAUGUCCGAAUGACUAAAGCUGAUUAUGAUAAGGAGUGCAAGAUUUGUACACGUCCAUUUACAGUCUUUAGGUGGAGACCUGGUCGUGAUGCAAGGUAUAAGAAAACUGAGGUUUGUCAGACUUGCAGUAAGUUGAAAAAUGUUUGUCAAGUCUGCCUUUUAGAUCUUGAAUAUGGAUUGCCAGUUCAAGUUCGGGAUACUGCUCUAAGUAUAAACUCCAAUGAUGCCAUUCCAAAGAGUGAUGUCAAUAGAGAGUAUUUCGCCGAGGAGCAUGACAGGAGGGCGAGAGCUGGUCUAGAUUAUGAAUCCUCAUAUGGGAAGGUACGUCCAAACGACACUAUUCUGAAGCUUCAGAGAACAACACCUUACUACAAGAGAAACCGAGCACAUAUUUGCAGUUUCUAUGUGCGGGGUGAAUGUACAAGAGGUGCUGAGUGCCCUUAUAGGCAUGAGAUGCCAGAAGCUGGGGAGUUGUCCCAGCAAAAUAUAAAAGACCGUUACUAUGGGGUGAAUGAUCCAGUGGCACUAAAGCUACUUAACAAGGCUGGUGAAAUGCCUUCUUUGGAAGCGCCUGAGGAUGAAAGCAUUAAAACCCUUUAUGUGGGAGGGCUGGAUAAAAGGAUCACCGAGCAAGAUUUAAGGGAUAACUUUUAUGCCCAUGGUGAAAUUGAAUCGAUAAAGAUGGUCCUCGACAAGGCAUGCGCCUUUGUUACAUACACAACCAGAGAAGGAGCUGAAAAGGCUGCAGAAGAGCUUUCUAGCAAGCUAGUCAUAAAGGGUCUUAGGCUGAAGCUAAUGUGGGGUAAGCCCCAAGCCCCAAGGCCUGAGUCAGAAACCUCCGAUGGAUCCAGGCAGCAAGCAGCAGUGGCUCAUAGCGGAAUGUUGCCCCGGGCAGUAAUAUCUCAGCAGCAGAAUCAAUUCCAGCCAUCUGGACCUGGCAUGCACGACCAACCACCACCUAUGCAGUACUUUAAUAUCCCACCUCCACCUCAGAUGGAUAGAGCCUACUAUCCAUCAAUGGACCCUCAAAGAAUGGGUGCUCUGGUUCCGUCUCAGGACGGGGAGAACAAACCCGGAUCAGAUAAACAACAAGCACAACACUAUCCUUACCAAGGUAUGCCGCCGCCGCCACCUGGACAAUAUCCUCAUCAACAUUAUCCGCCAUAUGGGUACAUGCAACCAAUGCCACCUUAUCAACAGUAUCCACCAUACCAUUCAGCAAUGCCUCCACCUCGAGGCCCACCUCAACAUUAUCAACACCCUGGACCUCCAAGACCUUCACCACCUGUGAGUGCACCAGCUUCAACAAGCGCGCAACCACCACCAGCAUCUACUUCAUCAGGCUCUGCCCCACCACCACCACCACCGGCGCCCGUCCCAUCUGCUGCUGCAUCUGGAUCUUCUCAGCUAUGAAGGUUUUCCCGUACUGUUUGUUUUUGAUAAUGUAAGCAUAAAACUUUUUAACCCCCGAAACAACUAUUUGCUCUUUUUUCGCAUUCAAAAACACAUCUUUUGCUUUAUAAGUACUUUUUUGUUAGUAAUUUUGUGAAUUGUUGUAGACAAAACAAUUUGUUCCUAAUCGGUAAAAGUGUUAGAGAAAGUUGGUUAAAUUAAUAA